AUGGCCCUGGACGGCGAGCGGGGGGAGCAAGAGGAGGAGAAGAAAAAGAAGAAGAAGAAAAAGAAGAGGAAGAAGAAGAAGGAGGAGGGGGCUGAGAAGAGCCGCUCACCCUUCGCGGCCACGAUGGGGGAGAACGACGCCGCGCUCCGGACCGGCGGCAGGGGGCUCUCGGACCCGUGGGCGGACUCCGUGGGGGUGCGACCCCGCACCACCGAGCGCCACAUCACGGUGCACAAGCGGCUCGUCCUGGCCUUCGCCGUGUCCAUCGUGGCGCUGCUCGCGGUCACUAUGCUCGCGGUGCUGCUCAGCUUGCGCUUCGACGAGUGCGGGGCCAGCGCGGCGCCGGGCGCAGACGGCGGCCCCGCCGGCUUCCCGCCGCGCGGUGGCAACGGGAGCCUCCCGGGUUCUGCCGGGCGCCACCACCCAGCUGGCGGGGACUCCUGGCCGCCGGAGGCCACCCCUGGGACCCCGUCCGCCCAGCCGCCGUCGGAGGAAGAGCAGGAGCCGGGGCAGCCGUGGACGCAGCUGCGCUUGUCCGGCCAUCUCAAGCCGCUCCACUACAAUCUGAUGCUCACCGCCUUCAUGGAGAAUUUCACCUUCGCCGGCGAGGUCAACGUGGAGAUCGCGUGCCGGAACGCUACCCGCUACGUCGUGCUGCACGCCUCCCGGGUGGCCGUGGAGAAGGUGCAGGUGGCCGAGGACCGGGUGGCCGGGGCUGUCCCGGUGGCCGGCUUCUUCCUCUACCCGCAGACCCAGGUGUUGGUGGUGGUGCUGAACAGGACCCUGGACGCGCAGAGGAACUACAACCUGAAGAUCAUCUACAACGCCCUGAUCGAGAAUGAGCUCUUGGGCUUCUUCCGCAGCUCCUACGUGCUCCACGGGGAGAGAAGAUUCCUUGGUGUUACUCAGUUUUCGCCUACACAUGCCAGAAAAGCAUUUCCUUGUUUUGACGAGCCCAUCUACAAGGCAACUUUUAAAAUCAGCAUCAAGCAUCAAGCAACCUACUUAUCUUUAUCCAAUAUGCCAGUGGAAACUUCCGUGUUUGAGGAAGACGGAUGGGUUACGGAUCACUUUUCGCAGACCCCUCUCAUGUCCACGUAUUACUUAGCCUGGGCCAUUUGCAACUUCACAUACAGAGAAACUAUCACCAAGAGUGGAGUUGUAGUACGAUUAUAUGCACGACCCGACGCUAUCAGAAGAGGAUCCGGGGACUAUGCUCUCCAUAUAACAAAGAGAUUAAUAGAGUUUUAUGAAGACUACUUUAAAGUGCCCUACUCCUUGCCCAAACUAGAUCUUUUAGCUGUGCCUAAGCAUCCGUAUGCUGCUAUGGAGAACUGGGGACUCAGUAUUUUUGUGGAACAGAGAAUACUGCUGGAUCCCAGUGUGUCAUCUAUUUCUUAUUUGCUGGAUGUCACCAUGGUCAUUGUUCAUGAGAUAUGUCACCAGUGGUUUGGUGACCUCGUGACUCCUGUGUGGUGGGAAGAUGUGUGGCUGAAGGAAGGUUUUGCUCACUACUUUGAAUUUGUUGGUACAGACUACCUCUACCCUGGCUGGAACAUGGAAAAACAGAGGUUUCUGACAGAUGUUCUGCAUGAAGUGAUGCUGCUUGAUGGCUUGGCCAGUUCCCAUCCAGUAUCACAGGAAGUGCUACAGGCAACAGAUAUUGACAGGGUGUUUGACUGGAUCGCAUAUAAAAAGGGUGCUGCUUUAAUUAGAAUGCUGGCAAAUUUUAUGGGCCAUUCAGUAUUUCAGAGGGGUUUGCAAGAUUAUUUAACCAUUCAUAAAUAUGGCAAUGCAGCCAGAAAUGAUCUCUGGAAUACACUUUCAGAGGCUUUAAAAAGGAAUGGGAAAUAUGUAAAUAUACAAGAAGUAAUGGACCAGUGGACACUCCAGAUGGGUUAUCCUGUUAUCACCAUCUUGGGAAAUACCACAGCAGAAAAUUGGAUAAUAAUUACCCAACAACAUUUUAUUUAUGACAUCAGUGCUAAAACUAGAGCACUUGCACUUCAAAAUAACAGUUACCUGUGGCAGAUUCCAUUAACUAUUGUGGUAGGAAAUAGAAGCCAUAUGUCUCCAGAAGCAAUUAUUUGGGUAUCUAACAAAUCAGAGCACCACAGACUAACUUCUUUGGACAAAGGAAGCUGGUUGCUUGGAAACAUCAAUCAAACUGGCUAUUUUAGAGUCAACUAUGAUUUAAGGAAUUGGAGAUUAUUAAUUGAUCAAUUAAUCAGGAACCAUGAGAUUCUCUCAGUCAGUAAUCGAGCAGGCUUGAUCGACGAUGCCUUCAGCUUAGCCAGAGCUGGCUAUUUGCCUCAGAGUAUUCCCCUGGAGGUUAUCCGAUACCUGUCUGAGGAGAAGGAUUUUCUUCCUUGGCACGCGGCCAGCCGCGCUCUUUAUCCUCUAGAUAAAUUACUGGACCGCAUGGAGAAAUACAAUGUCUUCAAUGAAUAUAUUUUAAAGCAAGUUGCAACAACAUACAUCAAGCUUGGAUGGCCAAAAAACAGUUUUAAUGGAUCUCUUGUUCAAGCGUCCUACCAACAUGAAGAACUCCGUCGGGAAGUUAUAAUGCUGGCCUGCAGCUUUGGCAACAAGCACUGUCACCAACAGGCAUCGACACUUAUUUCAGAUUGGAUUUCCAGCAACAGGAAUAGAAUACCACUAAACGUCAGAGACAUCGUCUACUGUACAGGAGUUUCACUGCUAGAUGAGGAUGUCUGGGAAUUCAUAUGGAUGAAAUUUCACUCUACCACAGCAGUUUCUGAGAAGAAAAUAUUAUUAGAAGCCUUAACUUGCAGUGAUGACAGGAAUUUAUUAAAUAGGCUUCUGAAUCUGUCACUGAAUUCUGAGGUGGUGCUGGAUCAAGAUGCAAUUGAUGUCAUAAUCCAUGUAGCUCGAAAUCCACAUGGUCGGGACCUUGCCUGGAAGUUUUUCAGAGAUAAGUGGAAGAUAUUGAAUACCAGGUAUGGAGAGGCAUUAUUUAUGAAUUCCAAACUUAUCAGUGGAGUUACAGAAUUUCUUAAUACUGAAGGUGAACUCAAAGAGCUAAAGAACUUCAUGAAGAACUAUGAUGGAGUAGCCGCUGCCUCUUUCUCAAGAGCCUUGGAAACCGUCGAAGCCAAUGUGCGCUGGAAAAUGCUUUACCAAGAUGAGCUUUUCCAAUGGUUAGGAAAAGCUGUGAGGCACUAAUUUAACUUAACAUUUCUGCGAGAAGGCCUGCUCUAUGCAGAAUGAGGAGAAUGGCCAGACUUUCAGUGUUAACGUGUGGGAGGAUUUUUUUUUUUUUAAUUGUUGGUCAUGGGGGAUUUUUUGUUUGUUUGUUUUAUCUCACUCAUCCUGCUUUGUUUCCUUAUUGGGUGUUCUUCUUUAAAGAAACUCUUGCAAGCGAAACUAGCCAUGAUUGCUUCAGCUGUACAUUCCUUGCUCUACAGGACCAAAUAUGAUAGUGGUGCAUGUUGAUGUUGCAGUCAGUUUGAAAAAACACAUUCAGAAUACUUUGUGCAUGGUUGUUGGUCCUACCUGUGUUCCAGCAUGCUUAUUUACAAUGUCCAAUGCUGUCUACUCCAAUGUGACAUCCGGGAUGGGCAUUAUACAAAAGCACAAAGAUUAUCUAUGACAAUCAGUGUUGCAAUGAAAGGGGGAAAAAAAAGGAAAUUAUAGUCUUAGUCUUGGGCAUUGUAAGAGGUAAAAUAGCCCUUUAAGUGAUUAAGGUCACUUAUUUCAGCACUUGAAAUGUCCUGCAAUGAUUAUUGUGUUGUUAACCCAUUUUUUUAAAGUUGUUAAAAAAAAAGGCAUAUAGAUAGUGUAUGCAUAUGUUAAUGUACAUAGGGAAACCCCAUAUGUAUAUAGUAUGUUGUACACUGUACUUCUUCAAAGAAUCUCUUCAGAUCAAGGAAAAUGUAACUCUUUUUAUAAACUUCUGCAAACUUUGAAAAGGCUCAAAAAAAUUUAUCUCAACACUAUCCUUCUUGACAAUUUCCUGACUAAGUUUCUCAACUGUUAUGAAUUUAUUUCGCCUACUUCCUUAACAGUGGUCUAUUCUACCAUAUAAAAAAUGAACUCAAGCAAAAUUCAUGUAUAAACUAAACUUUUUAAAAAUCUUCUAAGUAAGUGGCAGUCGUGCAUUCUAAAUAUAAAUCUUGUCAUCAUUUUGAUCAAACUUCCUAUUGCAUAAAAACUUGUGCAUCCUUAACAAUUAUUAGCGCUGAAAAAAUAUUUAUUUUUUCAUCUUGUUUGCACAUCCAUCUCAUGUUGGGUGGUCCAGAGAGUUAAAAACUCUGUGCGUGUGUUGGUACUGUGUCUGUGACUCUAAUCCCCCAUUCAGCAACCAUACCUCAAGUGGGCCUAUUAGCCUUUAAUGACCCUCGAUGCCAGUUGUGCCAUCUGUACAUUAAAGUUAAGUCCAAAAGUUACUUUUCUUGAGAAAAACUUUAUUUUUAUUUUUUUUGCAUUGACAACACUUUUCUUUUGUUGUGUAACACAAAUGAUUUUAAAUGGUAUUCUCACACUGUAGGCCAGCUUUCCAAACAUUGCUUAGAUGCUCCAAUUUGGUAUAUUUUAAAAAUUUAUCAUUAUAAAAUACCAAUACAACUCUGUGCAUAAGCCACAUGUUUGUGGACCAAUUUCUAUUUUCCUGAGGUUUUUUCACUCCUCCAAAUUUUAUUUCAAAUCAUUGAAAGGAAAUAUUCUACCUUUAAUAGUCAGUGGACACUGGCAAUAAAACAGCAACACCACAAUAAAAAAAAAUAGGUAUUUUAGAAACUAGAGCCAUAUAUUUAUUAUAGGUUUAUAGGUCCUAAUCCAUAGAAUGAGUGUCAUCUAAAAUUAAAUUUUAUACUUUAGCAGUUAAUAUCUAUUACUUAUACCUAAACUUCUCAGCAUUUCUUUCAAUUAAAACAUGAAUUUUGAGUACUCGAUGUGGUGUUACUAAGACAAAGUACUAAUUAGUGUAAAAUUUAAGAGCCAUACACCUAGCAGAGUGGUGAAAUUUAAUUAGUGCUCAUCACAUAUGUGAACUCUUUAAGGAGUACGUUCGGAAACAUAAUAAUAAAUGUCACACUGGUGUGCAGGUCCAAAACAUGUACUAUAUCACCAUUGGAUUAAUGUAAUAGCGAAGACAAAAAAAAUAGAGGUGGAUAUCUUGUUUUGUGUCGUGAAUUACUGAAAAUUCUUAGUAGGUGUGACAUGCUUUUGAGUGAAAUCACCAUCUUCUGCAUUUGAGUUAGAAGGGCUUUUAUAGUUCUUUUUCCUCCCCACUGUUAAUCUUAAUCUUCUUGCAGUAUUUUAGUGGCCUUGAACAACUGGUUUAGCUACAAUGUCAAAUCCUAAGUGUAUAAUUAUGUGCAAUGUUCAAUACCUCAUAUAAUACUUGUUCAACAGUAUAAGUGGUAUCAAUGGCAUUGAGAUGGAAUUUUUGUUCUACAUAUUUUUCAAUGAUUAUCCUUUCAAAUGUUGAAGAUUAUAUCAGGCUUUAACAUUUUUUUAGUUGUUGAAAUAAGUGAUAUUUUCAAAAUAAUAAAAUAACCAAUGAUAUCUCUUGGAAUAUUAUGUAAAAUGUAGUUAUAAAAUUCUAUUUUCUACAUAGAGUUUUUAUCUUUUUUCUCUUCUAUGUCUGUUUUACAACUCAUAUGUAUGCAUGAAAUAACAAAUUGUCUUUACUGGCACAGUAUAUGUAUAAUGGCAAAACUUGGUUUCAGUUAGAAAGCUCUAAAUUAUUUACCAUACUGAGUAUUAAAUAUCUCUAGGUAACUUGUAAAUAAAAAAUUGUCCCCAUUUUGACACAUUUUCCCUUAAAAGUUUCUAAUAAUCUUUGAAAAUUUAAAAAUAUAUAUAUAUAAGCACAUCUAAAGCUCAUAUCUACAUGCAAAGUUUAUUCUUGAGUUUCAAUAACAUGGCUUUUAGUUGGAGCUUAAAGUCGCUUUGGUGUAUAUUAUUUCCUGGAUAAUUGUAGGACCAGAAUUUUGGUGGUAAUGCAUUUUAUAAAUAUUGUAAUAUCUUGGAAGGUUAUUAAGAUUAUAUAAUAUAUUUGUAAAUUACAUUUUUUUCCAAGAACUUUAACACAUGUCAUUUAUUUGACUGUUUUCAAAAAUGUAAUAAAUUAUAUUAGCCCUGGUUGUCUGAUGAGAAACUGAGGCACACAGUAGCAAUGUGAACUAUUUAAAAUUACAUAGUAGUUACUUUGGGAACAGAUAAAAUAACCUAAUACUUUCAAUACAGCCUUUCUACAACUAAAUAGAAAGACAUGUCUGAAAUAUUUCUAUCCACUGUAUUAGUUGAAGAUUUUCCAAAUGCUAGCAGCAGCGUCAAAAUAUGUGACUAAAUAGAUCUACAAUAAUUAUGAUAUUUAUGUUAUUUCUAAAGUCUGUGUUUCUACUUUGCUUAAUGUGAAACAACUGGAUGAAAUAUUAAUCAACAUUAACUUUGGUCAGCAUAAGUAGCCAAAUAUUGGGACAAAUUAUAUAGUUUAUUGAGUAUAGUUUUUCUAAAAAAUCUUUUGGUGAACAUUGUUUAAAUGACUUUAAAAUACUGAUAAUUUGAUUUAUUUUUCACACAAAUAUCUCUAAUAAACUCUUAUCUGUAGUAAUAAAUGAUCAGACAAUUGAUAAAAUGGUGUCCAUCUAAAUCAGUGAAGAUAAUAUUCAGUAAAAUGUUUAUAAAUCUAUGCAGACUAAGUUGUAACAAAAAACAAACUUUGUGCAGCUUAUAGUACUGGAUUUGAUUCAGUAAAGGGAUUUAUAAAGAAGUUUACAAUAAUAUGUUUAAUUAAAAUCUGCUGGCUAUUAAAUAUUUAAGGCAUAUUUUUCUAAGUAUUGGGAAACCUAAAAUAGCCCAAUUAUUUUUCUCAGUAUAUCAUGUCAAAGAAGUAGUAACAAUUUACAUAAUGAGAAAUGCAGAUUUCCACACCUGUAUUUUUUUCCUGUAUUCCAGAUUGUAACUGAAUUAUUAUCAUUUGACACUGCUAAUUAUGUAAUGACAGAAUUCAAUUUAAUUAAACAAAUAUGUGUUGACCACCUUUUAUUUUACAAAGCACUAUGUGAGAGGUAAGUAAGGAAAAGAUGAGUAAGACCUAAAGAAAUUCAUAUCACAAUGAAUAAACAAAUACAGGGUGUCCC